AUGCUGCUAAAAUUGCCAUGGAUGACGUCAGCUUAUUAUAAAGAUCUUCUACUUCUUCGAUGUCGAAUUGCUGAAGUGUUUUCUGAAUUGACACAAAGUGCAUCUACAGUAGUAUCAACUGAUUCAUCACUUCCAAUGGAAUUAUCAGCUGAUGUUCAUGGAUUUGGUCCAACAUUUCGAAUUACAAUUAAUAUUGUUUCAUCAGCAAAAUCAAAUGUUUUCAAUCUUUAUAUUUCUUCGAUUUGUGAUCCAACUCUUUAUGAAUUCGAAAAUCCACUUAUUCGGGCAGUUUCAUUUAUUGCACCUGGACACAAAUACACUUUCACAACUUUAUUAACAUGUAAAGAUCCAGAAAAAGCAACAAAAGAGGAAAUUCGAAUUUUAUUAGGGCAAGAAAAUGGUAAAAUAAUUGCAACAACAGCAAUUAAUAUGCCAAUGAGUGAAUUCCCAAUUGAUUAA